GGACAUGUUCGAGGAUGGAGGACCCCUCAUUUUACCACUCAGUCAUUACGCCCCUAGUCGUGUGUGGUUACGCAAUGAAAAUGCAAUGUAUCAUUGACGCCUUUUCAAAAACAUACACACACGUAAUCUCAAUCGCACUUCAAUAAAAAUGUCUUCACCCAAAUAAAACUUCGUAUUUCCUGGACACAGAAAAUCUUUAACAUUACUCGUAGGUGUGGAUUUUGAUUAAACCUGCCAACUUUGAUUUUGUGAAACCAGCUAAAAUAUGUUUCAGUGCAGAAAGACAAGAGGUGUUUGAAUUGCAAUUCAAACACGUUCAUCUUUCAAACAUCAAAUCCAAUGCAGACUGGACUAGUGAUGAAGUUGAUUGCUGUAAUAAAAUCCGUACAUAAUAAGCAAUAAAAAAAAGUACGCUUAAUACUGUUACAAUGUAACAUAAUGCAUGUUGGGUUUAAUAAAAGUAGAUUCUUAAUUCAAACAUCGCCGUUAGACUACUAACACAAUUGUACCCUACCGUCAGAAAAUGUAAUCGGUUAGUAGAAGAACUAAUGCAUGGUAAAGCUAAAACCAAAAGUGUUCAACUGGAUGCCAGGAUAUUGUUUUUUACUGAACUCUGAGGCACGAAGAUGUCUCAAAGUCAUAUUAAAGACUUCAUCAUCCUGGCAAUGACCAUAACAGUAAUGUCACUUGUGUACAAUAUGCUCUAUAUCACAGACGAAGAAAGUAGUAUUCUCCAAAUUAAAGAUAUGCUCAACAAUUGGCACCGUAAAAGUGUACGCUCAAAAGUAGCAGAUAUGGAAUCCCAUCUUACACACAACAUGGUAGUUACAGCAAAAGGAAUCAGUAGCAUACCUAGUGUGAGUAAUGGAAGACAGACGGGGAAUAUUAAGAACGAACCUCAGUCUUUAGUUGUUUCAUCUGAUUCAUUGUUAGUUAAGAGAAGUGAUUCAAACAUGUUAAAUUCUACCAUGGAUAAAAUUAUCAGCAGUAAUAAAUCAGAGUCUCCUCAUCACAAGCACUCUCAGAGACCAAAUGAGUCGAUCAAAGGUGUGUCUCGAAACACCACAGAGCAAAUAGUGAAAGACAAACCAUCGGUUUUAAAUACAUUCCAGAGACAACCAAAGCCAAAGAUUAAUCACCAAAAACAGAAUGUAGACAAACAGGCAACAAAAGACGCACGUGUAAAACAAAAGGCACAAAACAAUUUAGACUCUGUCAAAGAAAGACAAUCACAAAAAACAAAGGCUGACAGAAAUGAAAAGGAUGAUUACGACUCGGACAGUCCGAAUGAUUUCCGGGAGAAUGUUUUUGAGAACGAGAUCAUGACUAUCGAAGUUGAAAAAGAGUUUUCUUUGGAGAAUGAAAAGACUAUAAACUAUUGUCCAGAAAAGUCUCCUCACCUGCUUGGCAGUUUAAAUGGACUGUACGAUGAAAUUACGAAAGAAGAAUUGAAAAUCGUUUUCCCCGAUAUUGAGAAGGGCGGGCGAAUACGACCCUCUGAUUGUAUUGCAAAGCAAAAACUGGCCAUCAUAAUACCUUAUCGAAAUCGAUACCCACAUUUACACAUCACUCUUCAAAAUCUGCUCCCGAUAUUAAAACGUCAGCAAGUGGAUGCUACUUUCUUUGUUAUCGAACAGGCUCCACCCUCAACGUUUAAUAAAGGUGCAGUCAUGAAUGCUGGCUUCCUUGAGGCUGAGAAACUUGGCAACUUUGAUUGUUACAUCUUCCACGAUGUGGACCUGAUUCCGUUGAAUGAUAGAAAUCUGUACAGGUGUGAGUCCAACCCUAGGCACUACGCUGUGGCUAUGAAUAAGUAUAACUACACGUUACCCUACCCUCAUUUCUUCGGUGGUAUCAACGGAUUCUCAAAGGAACAGUAUCUCAAGGUCAAUGGGAAUUCAAAUCUGUACGUUGGCUGGGGAGGCGAAGACGAUGACAUUAUGUUUAGAUUAAAAAGUAAAAACUACACCAUACUACGCUACCCGCCCCAGAUCGCUCGUUAUCAUAUGAUCAAGCACACGAGAGACAAAGGGAAUGAAGCCAACCCAUUAAGAAUCAGUAUUCUGGAAAACGCCACCAUGAGACUUGAAAUUAAUGGUUUGAACACAGUAAAAUACAAAGUGCUCAAUAUCACAUUCGAUCAUCUGUAUACUUGGAUCACUGUGGCAAUCAAUAAUACAGACAUUUUUCUGAAUGCUCCCUUUAAGAUUCUCAAAAUCGUCUUGGACGCCAAGAAAAAAUGGCGCGAUGAAAAAAUAAAACGAGAUCAAACCAGAACUGAUGCCAAGGGACCAAAAGCAAAACUUUAACUUCCUUAAGUCUAGAAACCAAACCUUUUUUUUUGUUUACCACGCUGUAAUUAUAUUCAUUCCAACAGAUAUCUCUCAGAAGAAGGUUCUGAUCAGCAACUGUAACAAUGAUGCCCUCCGACGGUGUUAUGGCUGUGCCAUAGUAAAUAGCAAUAGUAAUUUUACUACACUCCCCCCCCCCCAUCCUAAAAAAAAGCACUAAUUGAAUAGACCUUUCAUAGUGUAAUAACUUAAGGGAGGCAACGAUAUAGACGAUUAUUUACCUGGGGACAUCACAACAUCAUAGAACAACGUCUGUCUUGAGUACAGCCUCAUCAUAAGCUCUAGACUUGACGGAACUCCCUUAUCUUCUAUUUAAAGUCAACAUCCUUCUCUGUCUAGUCUCUGUCUAGUGUCUAGAGUCUAACAGUGAACACCUUCUCUGUCUAGUGUCUAGAGUCUAACUGUGAGCACCUUCUGCACUAUCUUGGAUGGCGGUGUGCAUAGCAGAGUUAUAACAAUAUCAUCUUUUCCACCCUUUAUACAAUUUCCUUCUUCAGCUUGUAAGUCUUCAUGGGAAUAAAAAAAAUACAUAUUCGGACAUGGUUCUCGAAAACGGCUCUAUUUUCCUAGAAAUGUUUCAGUGUAUAUGUAUCUUUGUGAAAAAGAAUUAUAAGCUAAUCGGCCACAUAAGGAAUACUUAAUUUUACCUUUGGAAGUAUAAUAAUCUAGAAAUUCAAUUUGAUCUGGAGGUCUAGACAAUCUUUAUCAUGAACCCACAUACGUCAGCGGGUAUUCCCGCUUGUUUUCAGUUUAGAGUGCACUAAAUGGAUAGACUUUCAGGAACAGUUUGCGCACCGUCGUCUAAGUCUUGCUCUAUUGGCCAAUCACAAACCUAGAACCUGUCUUUUAAUGUUGCCAUACUAAGAGCAAAGUAAUCGCUCUUGCAAAACGCCAUCAGCAUUGUAAAGGAAGAAUUGUCUUCUUUAUAAUACUAAUGCCCCUCUUCAAGUCACUCCUUCAUGGAACCUAGAUCCUUGAUCCAGGAAUCUGGACAGCUGAUCUAAAAAAAUGGCUAUAGCGACUUUCCUAGAAAUUUUAACAAUUGAUGUAUAUCGCUGAGAAAAGAAUUACUAGCUCGUUGGUCACAUGUUGAAAACUAUAGUUGAACAGUUAUAACUUUUCAAAUUAAAAUUAGCUUGAAUAGAGUUAGAAAAAAAAAGGCAUACGCGUAGACAGCCAUAGCGUUCUGAAAUUAUGCGAUAAAAGAAUAAAUUUAAAGCUGUUUCUAUUUGAUUGAAAGAAUAUCUAAGCUUUAGUAUUAUUUUUUUUACGUAAAUCUAAUAUAGAUUACAUCUAGAUUUAGAAGGAUAUCUAAAUCUAGACUAGAUUUUAAUAAUUGUAAAUCAGAAGUCUAGGUCAAGUAGAUGGCCAUAUACUGAUAAUAUCAAUAGAUAAUCCCCGCUGGCAGAAUUGAUAAAUACGUAUACUCAGACAUAUAUCGGUAACAAAAUCACAGGUUCGAUACCCGGUAGGAACCAAUUAUUAUUAUUAAUUAUGUUUUUAAAUAUUCUAUUAUAUUUUAAGUUGCAUACUGGAGGUAUUGUGUUUUUUUUUAAAGGAAUUUUAAUUAUUUUUUUCUUGUUUAAAAUAAAAAUUAUAUGAUACUUGUUUGUCUAAUUAACAUUACGCAAAUGAAUUCUUUCUGAUACAAAAAUGACGAGACAGUAAAAAUGUUUAUCUCCAUGUAUCUCAAGUUGGCGUGCUGUGAACCCACUAGGAUUUUAACCGCAAAGUUGAGAAUCAAUGGUGUGACAUAAAGAGACUACAGUUCUUUCUUUGUCCCUUACAUAUUUGGGUAGAUCUGGGUAUGGGGCCCUUAGAGACUACACAGACCGGACAGAACCAGAGAUGCCGAUUUCUCCGUCAGAGAUUUAAAGGGUUUUGAGACUAGUCAGUCUUGAGCACUGUUCAUCAUUUUGUUUACGUUACAGUAUUACAAUUAACUAGUUAGUUAAAAAAAACUCGUAGAAAACAAAGGUUAGCUUAUUUUUAAAAAUUGACAUUACAAUAGAAUUAUUUCCAAAAUUAAACUAUUAAGAAUCAUAAAGAAAU